GGAAACUGGCUAGUAAAAAAGGAGAAGUUUGGAGAGGCAAGCAUCAAACGAGGGUCAGGAACUUUAGAAUAAGUAUUUCGAAGGAAGAGUGGCCAUAGAAAGUCUACUGCAGAGUCAAGAGCAAUUCUGGAAGAUGUGACUAAUUCUGCACAAGACGAAAGCAAGAAGGCAACAUUUCAAUGAAAACCAAGAAGAGAGAAAUACAAUCACAAAGCCAUUCAUUGGAGCCAGAUUCUCAAGAAUAACGGAGCAAUAAGUGAAAAACAAAAUCAUCGCUUCAUUCAGAUCCAACCUGGAAGUAGAGUUAAUCAGAUUUCAGGUAUUCAGAAGACUGUACUGCCUAAAAUCAGAAUAUGAACUGGAAACUUGUGAGCCAUCUUAUGACAACUGUGUUUAUUAAGCUAAUAGGCACAUCUCUGUUGCUUUUCUAUUUUUCACAGAUUUUUCACAAAGCCUCCAACGUCACCUCAAAACCAAAUGUUCCUGCUAAACAGAAAGACUGUCCUAUAAGAUGGGUACCUUUUGAUGGCAAGUGCUACUAUUUUUCUGCUGCAGAAAACACAUGGGAUGAAAGCCAACAGGACUGUGCACGGUCAAAUUCUCAUCUCGCAGUAAUCAACAACAACGCAGAGCUGAUGUUCAUACUGAACAGAACACAAAAUGCGGACUACUUCUUGGGUCUGACCCACAGUAGUGUCAACAAACAGUGGACAUGGCUGGACAAUACGAAGUUUGACCUCAAACAAUUUCAAAUAUUUCAUAUGAAACAUUCUGACUGUGCCUUGGUUGGAUUUAAAGGAUUUACUUCCCAGUCUUGUUCUGUGUCAAGCCGCUGGAUUUGUGAAGAGAAUGAAUAAGGAUUGCCCCAAUGAAUGGGAAAUUCUGAGCAGCCCAAAAUUGGAAUGUCUUUUUCAGCUAAGAAACUUUGCUGAAACUGAACUCUUUUCUCAUAUGCCAUGAACAGUGAAUGGGCAUAGAUAUCUCCAUUCACAUCAAAAGUUGCAUAUAGGUACUGACUAGCAGAGCAGAGCAUGCAAAUGUACUUCUGUUUUCACAGCCUCGUGCAUCUCAAUGUGUAUCAACUUGUCUUGUUGUGCUCUCUUACUUUGGUUGUCCCCACAAACAGACAUUCCACCAAACAGCCAAAAAAGGAGCUGAUAUGGAAGGAAACUUUUAUCCCUAGGGGAUUUUUUUAAUUCAUGUCAGGAGCGACUUAAGAAACUGCAAGAUGCUUUUAGUGUGAGAUAAUUGACCAUCUGCAAGGACGUUGCCCAGAGGACGCCUGGGUGUUUGAUGUUUUGAUGAUUUUUUUUUCAUGUCAGGAGCGACUUGAGAAACUGCAAGUUGCUUCUAGUGUGAAAUAAUUGACCAUCUGCAAGGACGUUGCCCAGAGGACGCUUGGGUGUUUGAUGUUUUACCAUCCUUGUGGGAGGCUUCUCCCAUGUCCCCGCAUGGGGAGCUGAGGCUGACAGAGGGGGCUCACCACUGUCCCUGGAUUCGAACCACUGACUUGUCAGUCAGCAGUCCUGCCAGCACAAAGGUUUAACCUUGAGUUUUCCCAAGUCUUUGCUUCUACCCAUUUUUUUUUCCAUUUGUGCACCUGUGGGCAUGGUAGGUAAAGGUUUCCCCUGACAAUAAGUCUAGUCAUGUCUAACUCGGGGGGGUUGGUGCUAAUCACCAUUUCUAAGCCGAAGAGCCGGCAUUGUCCAAAGAAACCUCCAAGGUCUUGUGGCUGGCAUGACUGCAUUGAGCAUUGUUACCUUCCCAUUGGAGCAGUACCUGAUGACCGAAACCCCGGCUUUUAAAUUAAUUUGAACUCGCAGCGGAGAGUUCCGCAGAUCACUCACCAAAAGGGAACGGAGCGGGACCGCAGCAGACUAUUAUUAAAAGAUCUUUUUUUCUUCACUUUCCCCUUCCCUGCACUAUGUAACAAAUCCCCCAAUAAAAGUAGCAUUUAUUUUAACAGUAA